AAAAAAAUCUAGAGAGAGAAAGAGAAGGAGAGAGAGAGAGAGAGAGAGAGAGAGAGAGAGAGCGAUCGCGUGGGCGCUUCUCGAAGCUCCUGCUGUACACGGAUCUCGGCGCAGCAGCCAUGGCGUCGGAGCUCCAACCCUCGGAGAACGGGGUCGAGGGGGACGACGAGAGGGAGGAGGAGGACGACGACGAGGAGGAGGAGGAAGAGGAGGAGGAGGAGGAGGAGGAGGAGGAGCAUGUAGAGAACAGGGGAGAGGAGGAGGCGGAAGAGGACGAGGAGGAGCCGAGGCUCAAGUACCAGAGAAUGGGGGGGAGCGUUCCCCCCCUCCUCUCCACCGACGCCGCCGCGUCCAUCGCCGUCGCCGAGCGCAUGGUCGCCCUCGGCACCCACGACGGCACCGUCCACAUCCUCGAUUUCCAGGGCAAUCAGGUCAAAGAAUUUGCUGCUCAUACCGCUACAGUCAACGACCUUAGCUUUGAUGCAGAAGGUGAAUUUAUUGGUAGCUGCUCAGAUGAUGGAUCUGUAGUUAUAAGCAGCCUUUUUACGGAUGAAAAAUUGAAAUUCGAGUAUCAUCGGCCUAUGAAAGCAAUAGCUCUAGACCCUGACUAUUCACGGAAAUCCUCAAGAAGGUUUGUCGCGGGUGGUUUAGCUGGUCAACUAUUUCUCAACAUGAAGAACUGGCUAGGUUAUAAUAAGCAGAUUCUGCAUGACGGUGAGGGUCCAAUUCAUACCGUGAAGUGGAGAACAAGUCUUAUUGCUUGGGCUAAUGAUGCAGGAGUAAAAGUUUAUGACAUGGCAAAUCAUCAGCGAAUUUCUUUUAUUGAGAGACCGAGGGGAAUCCCCCGUCCAGAGCUUUUACUUCCUCACUUGGUGUGGCAGGAUGACACUCUCUUGGUCAUUGGCUGGGGAACGAGUGUAAAGAUUGCUGCCAUUAGAGCUAAUUCUCCCAAUGGUGUGAAUGGUGUACGGACAAAUAUUUCCAUUUCAAGUACUAAGUAUGUGGAUAUUGUGGCCUCUUUUCAAACUAGUUACUACAUUUCUGGUAUUGCUCCAUACGGCGAUGCUUUAGUAGUACUAGCAUACAUCCCGGAGGAGCAAAAUGGAGAAAAGGAUUUCAGUACAACUGUCCCAUCACGGCAGGGAACUGCACAAAGGCCAGAAAUACGAAUUGUCACAUGGAAAAAUGAGGAACUAACAACUGAUGCUUUACCUGUUCAUGGCUAUGAACAUUAUAAGGCAAAAGAUUAUGCUCUUGCACAUGCUCCAUUCACAGGAAGCAGCUAUGCUGGUGGUCAGUGGGCUGCUGGUGAUGAACCUCUCUAUUAUAUCGUAUCUCCCAAAGACAUAGUGAUUGCGAGGCCUAGAGAUGCUGAAGAUCACAUAGCUUGGCUUCUUCAUCAUGGUUGGCAUGAAAAGGCAUUAGCUGCAGUUGAAGCGGGACAGGGACGGACUGAACUUCUUGAUGAGGUGGGAUCAAGAUACCUUGAUCAUCUAAUUGUUGAAAGGAAAUAUGCAGAAGCUGCAUCUUUGUGUCCUAAGUUACUCCGUGGAUCCGCUUCAGCAUGGGAAAGGUGGGUUUUUCACUUUGCCCAUCUGCGCCAGCUUCCUGUGUUGGUUCCUUACAUUCCUACAGACUAUCCUCAGCUGAGUGAUACUGCAUAUGAGGUUGCCCUUGUUGCAUUGGCUACUAACCCGCCAUUUCACAAACUUCUCUUGUCAACUGUUAAAUCGUGGCCGCCUACAUUAUAUUCUGUAUCACCUGUUAUUUCUGCCAUUGAGCCACAAAUGAAUACCUCCUCUAUGACUGAUAAUUUGAAAGAGGCAUUAGCUGAAUUAUAUGUGAUCAAUGGACUGUAUGAGAAAGCCUUUGGUUUGUAUGCUGAUGUAUUGAAGCCUGACGUUUUCAAUUUUAUUGAAAAGCACAGUUUAUAUCAUGCCGUUCAUGACAAGGUGGUCGAUCUUAUGAUACUUGACAGUAAAAGAACAGUUCUUUUAUUGAUCCAACACCGUGAUAUAAUUCCUCCAUCUGAAGUUGUCGGGCAGCUUUUGCAGUCCAAUAAAAAGUGUGACAAGAGAUAUUUCUUGCAUCUUUACUUGCAUUCCCUUUUUGAGGUUGACAUUAAUGCUGGAAAAGAGUUCCAUGAUAUGCAGGUAGAGCUUUAUGCAGAUUACGAAUCACGAUUGCUACUCCCUUUUCUUCGUACCAGUCAGCAUUACAGGCUAGACAAGGCUUAUGAAAUUUGUGCUAGGAAAGAGCUCAUAAGAGAGCAAGUCUUUGUCCUUGGUAGGAUGGGAAAUGCAAAACAGGCCCUUGCUAUUAUUAUAAAUAAGUUGGAGGACAUACAGGAGGCUGUAGAAUUUGUGACCGAUCAACAUGAUGAUGAACUAUGGGAGGAGUUAAUCAGGCAAUGCCUUCAGAAGCCUGAAAUGGUAGGAAUGUUGUUGGAGCACACUGUUGGUAAUCUUGAUCCUCUCUACAUUGUUAAUGUUGUGCCCAAUGGAUUAGAAAUUCCUCGGUUACGGGACCGCCUUGUCAAAAUUAUAACCGAUUACCGAACCGAAAUGUCGCUUAGACACGGAUGCAAUGACAUCCUCAAGGCUGAUUGCGUCAACCUCUUGGUUAAGUACUUCAAUGAGGCUCGCCGGGCCGUGUACUUGGGUAGUAUAGAAGAAGAGGCGCAAAAUAAGAGGGAAGACGGUACCUCCACCCGCUCAAUUGAGAGACUCCAAAGCUCAAGAACGAUCGAAUUAAAAUCGAGGACAAGGGGCGGAGGGCGAUGCUGCCUCUGCUUCGACCCUUUCUCGAUCCGUGACCUGUCGGUUGUCGUGUUCUUCUGCUGCCACGGGUACCACGUCCCGUGCCUCAUGGAUGGGUUGGAAACUAUGAAAGCAAAGAGCACUAAAUCUAGCAGCGACGACGACAAUGACGGCGAGGAUGACGAUGAAACCCGAUCAGGUGAGUCUCGUAUGCGGUGCGUGUUGUGCACCACAGCUGCUGGAUGAGAAUUUUAUUUCGUCUUUCACUUUUUUUUCGGGUGAAAUGAAUGGGUAGCCCCCUGUACUAUAUACGGCUGCUUACAUCCUAAACUUUCUCAUCGCGAUUUGAAAGGCCGUUUUAUGGGAGAAAGUGGCGUGCCAGAUUCUUCUGGUGGUUAGGGUUGGCAGUAUAUAAUAACACUUCAGAUACUGAAGUGUGAGCGAAAGGUUCGGAGACUAAUCAGCAAUAUUGCGACAAUACAGGGAUUAUCCAUACAUUUCGCCCUUCUUGUGCGGUUUGUUCGUGUGAGCGAGCUUUGUGUAAUAGUUUUUUUGUGCCCAUUCCCAUUCGGCGUAAUGUAUGUAACCUAUUUAUUCAUCGGAAUCCAAUCCGUUGUUAUAGCGAGGAGAACCCUUUCUUCUUUUUUCUGAGGGCCAUCUCUGCUGAACCGCUGUGUUGCGGAGGGUGCAACCAGGUGAUGAAGUUUCUUGGUGCCAUGAAUAAUUGUUUACUUGUGUUAGCACAUGAAUACGCGAGAAAAAAGUUGAGGUAAUCUUGGGAUAA